ACCAAGACUGAUAUCUGCCGAUGCUCCAAAAAGUAAAGAUCACGCCGGCAAAAGAAGCAAUUUUUCUUGAAAAACCAGACCACCUCUACUUAGAACAAUCCAAAUUUAUUAUUAAAUUUUCUUGAAAUCUCUCAUAAAAUUUGAUCCCAUUUCUGAUCGACAAUGAUGACAAUGUUGUCUAUAUUCUCUUACAGCAAUCUCUUUCUCCAAGUAACCUUAGCCCUUUGUCUCUAUCUUCCCCUUUCACUCCUUCGGAUUCCGGCGCUUUUCCUCCAUGGCCUCCACACCUACGUUCACCCAGAUGACGUCGCCCCCGCCGGAGGAAGCGGCGGGAUCAGGGCAGCUAUACGGAGGCCGGGGGCCGCCGCGGUUUCCGAUUCGGAACUCAAACCCAGGAAGCGAUCCAAAGAUAAAGUUGAAUUUGACGAACAGAAGGCUCAGAUCUUUAGGCUGAAGCUGAAUGAGCCUCAUCUUCAGACCCGUUUAUAUUUCAGUGAGUUUCAAUCUGCUUUCAGCUCUACUAUAGUAGCCCUAGGUUCCUUUUUCCUUCAGAACUUCAUAUCUGAUCCUGAAAACCCCGGUGAUCUUAAGAAUGGUGCCAUCAUACCAACAUUGUUAGGACUGGCUGGAAUUGUUCGAAUUCUCUUCUUGAUCGUUAAGUUUUCUUUGGAGAGAGCAGCAUCCAGAAGGUCCGAGAAACAGAUGAGUGUUCUUUUGGGUAUCUUAGGAUCUUUCUUUGGUGUUGCAAUCAUGUUCGAUAUUAUUCCUAAUCGGAUUCUUGAUUUCGAUAUGAAAUCCUUUGAUGGGUUUGCUAGAUCCCUUACUGCUAUUCUAAUGGGCUUCAUUGCCGGUGCUCUCUACAUCCCUGCAUCGAGGAAUGCCCGUUCAUUCUGGCUGGGAACGGAUCAGAUUCGAUGUAAUUUAUCGAUAAUUCAAUGUGAACAGACCGCAAGAAUGCUUCUUUACGCCAAUUUCUUAUGCACGACAUUUGCAUCGGUGAUUUGGAUCAUCCCUUUUUCCGAAGUUGUUAAGAAGAAUUUGGGCAUGUCAAGUUCCGACUUUGAGAAAUUAAGAAUCUGGUCUUUAUUGGGUUCUGGUCUGUUGCAAUUUUUAACAGUGCGGCCUAAUUUGCAAAUGUAUUUAAACGAGGGUGUAUUAUCUUGGUAUCAGAGAUUGCAUGGAGGGAAGGUGCCUGAACUGGAUUACAGCAGGGCAAAGGUUUUCCUUCACAACCAUUUCUUGAGCCUUGUGGCUCUUCAGUUCUUCACUCCGGCAGCUUUGACACUUCUCUUUACCGGGUUAUCACUAUCGGUUUGGAGGGUAAUACCCUUGUGGGUUUUGGUAAGGGAAGUUGGUUUGAUUAUGGGUUGGUGGAUUAAUUUGGUUUGGGUUAUGUCUACUUCUGCUAACAUUGUCCUAUACCGACUAGGCCUCUUGUAUGUUUCUUAACAUGCUAGUCAUUUUGUCCUAGAAUGAAUACAAAUCAAGAGUUAUUACACUUUGGCGUCUCGGUGAUGUCUUUUUUGUUUACUGUUUCUGGCGUUGGUUCCACUUUUAUGAAUGAAUACCUGUUUAUUAUGUUGAUUUGA